GACGUUUUUUGCUUACAGCACGUUUGCUUACAAGGUGACCGUUAACGUGUAUACUUUACCCCCCUGAGUGACUUUCCCAGUUCACUGGACUUUCCCAAUCGUCGACGCAAUUACAGAUGCGAGCUGGCUACCUAUAGGGUCAAUAUUACAAUAGAUAAAGAGGGCCUGUUGGUGUUCCCAACAUCUGUCUUUAAAAUGCUUUCUUUCCUACAACAGAAACAUAGUUUCACCAUUCUUGUUCUUUAUUAUGUCUAUGGGAGUUAAAUCCUGUUGUAGGCAAAUACUAGAAGUAUUUGUUCCAAUAUCGAUGGAAACAAAAGGAGUUUGUUCAAAAAUUAAAAAACAGUAAAUGCCUUACAUUCUCAGAGAUGAAAUGAGUUGCAGGGGGCCGUUUUUUUAGGCCAAACCGCACUUACAGACAAGUAUUCUCGUGAAGAAGAAUUUAUCAUCGGAACAGCCACUUGGGUUCAUCACGAUUGUGAAUAUGGGAGAGAAAGUCGGUUGCCAGCAAAAAAAUCAGUCUUCAUUCAGUAUUCAGAAAGCAAGCUAAAAUAUUUUACAUUUGCUGCUUAAAGUCGACAGUCAGCAGUGUUAAAUUUUUGGUAAUUGUUUGUCAGAAAUCAGUUUUUUAGUGGGCCAUUUCUCUAUAGUUAGAAAAUCUUAUCCGGACAGUCUUACAUUCGCAUUUCAGUUUAUACGAUUGAGGGAGCUUCCGUAAGUCCUGUUUCAAGAUACGCUGAUAGAUCACAUAAAUACAGUGUUCCCCUUUAUAGUAUGAUAUAUGGAAAUGUACAAUACAGACUUCUCCAUUUCGUUUGCGUCACAACCAUUAAAGACACUUCAUGAGAUGAGCGUUACAGAACGAAUUGGAUGUAUAAAAGAAAAAUAUCUUGAAGAACAGGUGAAAAUUUUCUAUGAUACUUUACAAAACGAGAUCCUUAGAGAACCAUUGAACAAAGACUUCAAGGAAAGGAGCGUUGUUGUGCCAAUUAAAACUGAGCACAAGAGAAGCUUAGCUAAUGGUGGACUUGUUAAAUUGAUCAUAGACUGGUUGAAAGAUAACGAACAUCUCCAUGGCAUUAGAGAUCCCCAAAACUUUGCAGUUGCACCAAAAUCCCAAAGAAUAUUUUCCUCGCCAAAAAUGAAGCGUAAAGUACAAGCCACUUCAUCGCAGGAACAAGAUAAGUGUCGUGAAAACACAUCUACAGACGAAGAAGGACUCAAUUCUUCAUCGAAGAGUGAAAAGAAUGAGUCCAAGAUUGAUGAGGAAAGAGAUAUGACCAAAGAAAAAGCAAUUGUCCAUACCAAUGCAAACAAUGAAACAAGCGAAAUUCAUCCCUUUGAAGAAGAGUCUGAUAACAAACUUGGACAAAUAGAAAAUUUGGACAGUUCAUCUCCUUUGCUUCCCGUGCCUGAAGGCAACGUUCAUGGUUCUUUGAAAGAAAGAAACGAUCCCAGCGUGGUCAUUAGAAUACCUGAAGAGGAUGCAAAAGUUACUACUUCAGGAGAAAUGGACAAUGAUGUUUGCUCUAAAAUGGAUAAAGAAAAUGUGUCGAUGAAUGAUAUCAAUCACUCAUUUGUUGGAAAACAUUCCGAGGAUGAAAAAUUUUUGAAUCACGAUAAAACUGUAGAAGCUCAAUAAAAGGACUCCAAGGCACUAUGUCCAUAUGCAUAUGUCAAAUAUCACAGGCCAAGUGCAUGGAACAAUGUCAACAAAGCAGCAAUGCUGACGAAUGUGAUGUUUUGAUGAGAAAGGUGUUCAUAAUUUAUAAAAAGAAUAUAGCUAGGUUUUUUUUAACAAACGGUACAGUUCCUGCAAUUUCAUCUUGUAUAAUCCAUAAUUUCUUUCAUUUUAUCUUGUAUAAUCCAUAAUUUCUUUCGUGCAUGAUCCUAAACGGUGAACCAUAAUUUAUCAUAAUUUUGUGUCAUACAUGCAUGUAAUAUAGAUUUUACUUUAGCAUUGUCAAAACUUGUUCUCUGUGUAAUAGUAAAAUUGCAGAUAAACCCAA